AUGAAAAGCUUGAGAAGAUCUAGAAGAGGCGGAGGAGGGGUUUGCUUGUCUGUGCUGCUGCUGCUUCUGCUGCUGCUGAUGAUGAUGUUGAUGAUGCUGAUGCAGUUGGAGAACACAUCAUGUUAUGGAUUUGGUCAUCAAGAGAAGAAGAUAAACAGAUUAUUCAAAGGUAAUCCUGGUACUGGGUCUUCAAACUCUGAUCAUUAUAAGGAAGCAAGAGUUCAUCCUGUCAAGUCUAAAGGAGGAGGUGGUGGUGGAGAUGAUGACAUUUUUGGAGUUGAAAAGAGGAAAAUCCACACAGGACCAAAUCCUUUACACAACAGAUGA